UUUUAAAUUAUUAUAAAUAAACAUCAAUUAUAAAAAUAAAUCAUUAUUAGAUUUUCGUUAAUUCCAAUUGGCGCCAUGAUUGAUUUAGUUAACUUUUACCUAACUUCAUUUAUGUAUUAUUUUGAGUAGUCGAAAAGUGAGGUUAUACAUCCAAGAUACCGUCAUAAACAUCAAAUAAAAUCGUAAUUCCUUCCCACGAUGGCAGGAUUUUCCGAGGGAGCUUUUAUGAAAAAACUAACGGAAUUAAACAGUUCAUCACAAAGUAUUCAAACGCUUUCCCUUUGGCUAAUACAUCAUAGAAAACACCAUGGAAUUGUAGUGAAAAAUUGGUUUAAAGAGCUACUAAAAGCAAAAGAUAGUCGGAAAUUAACAUUAAUGUACCUUGCCAAUGAUGUCAUACAAAACAGUAAAAAGAAGGGACCAGAAUAUAAUAAAGAAUUUGGAGGUGUUCUUAAAAAAGCUUUCGAGCAUAUGUCGUCAACUGAUGAAAAAAUUAAAGCCUCUUUAGGACGUUUGAUUCAUAUUUGGAAAGAAAGAGAAAUGUAUGAUGAAUUAACUAUAGCCGAAUAUAAACAAGCAUUAUUAUUACCUAACAUGGGAGAUCCUCCUGCGAAAAAAAUUAAAACUGAAAACUCGAAAAAGGAAAAACACCAACAUAAAAGUCCCAAUCGUGAACAUAAUAAAUCAGAAGCUGAUAUUAGAAUAGUUGAUGGAACUCUCGAAACUCACGUUCAUCUUAGUCCCCGAACUCCUGCUGGUGAUCCUCCAGAACCAGACGAAUUAAUAAAAGCAAUUCAAGACUUAGAAAGUAGUAUUGCUUCAACGGAUGAAGCUACAAGAGAGAGAAUAUCAAAUUUUCCUAAAGAAGUUUCGGAUAUUUCAGUUUUACCUACAAUAGAAGAUAAGUUAUGUGCUGAAAAACUAAAAGUUCAAGUUGAUGAAGCAAUAAGCGUCGUUAAUGAAUACAACAGUAGAUUAAGUGUAGAAAUUGAGAGUCGAAAAAAAAUUACGAAUAUGUUAAAGGAUUUUUUGCCAUCUCAAAAGGAAUUAUUGGCACAAGCGGAGCGCACUUUAGAAGAAUAUCAAGAUAAAUUACAAAAAAUUUAUGGUGUCCGGCAAGAAUUAAAAUCCCAUAUACAAAACCUUCCCGAUUUAACGCAACUUCCAGAUGUAACGGGAGGUUUAGCGCCGUUACCAUCAGCUGGUGAUCUCUUCAAUCUACAUUAAAGCUUUUUCAAAAAGUAAACGAGAAGAAAAGGGAAAAAAGGCAGUUAUAAAUAUUCACAGCGUUUACUUUUAUUGUUCCGUUUUCAAUUUUCUUAUAGUUUUUGAUGAGUCAUCUUAUUUUCCCAAUCAUGUAAUAAUUACAUGCCCUAGCUGUAUUGUUUAGAAUUUAUGUGCCUAGUUUUGGGCGCCGUUUUGAAAUAAUUUAUAAAUAUGCACAGAUUUUUAAGACUUUUAAAUUUAUUUUAUUUUUAAUUAAUCAAUGGAUAAGUUCUGUUACAUAUUUUUGAUUGUGUUAUUUGGUACAAUUUAUAAUUUUUUUUAUGAGACAUAACAAAUUCGAUCUGAUAUGAACACGCCUAAUUUUUAUUAAUUGUAUUGUUAAUAACAAUAAAAUUGUGUUAAGUAAUUAA